UACUCAAAGUGACCAUGAAGUAGCUGAUGACGUGUCUUGUUCGGGGCUGCAAAGUGGGUUAAUGUUACCGACGGGUCCCUAAGUAACCUGAGAAAACAGCUAGCCUAGCUAUCUGGCUAAAUGUAUUCGGAGUGACAUAUAUAUUUAUUUAGAUUUAAAUAUCGUGUCACAACAUUAUUUUGACGAAGUAAGAGAGAAAUGCGGGCCUUUUACAAUAUGCUCACUCUUUGGAGGGUCUUAACGUUACUUCUUUUUGGAGGCUUACAGACAGCCUUAAGUUUCUAUCUUCCGGGUUUGGCUCCUGUCAGCUUCUGUGAGAAAAAUGAAGCUGGAAAAGAACAAGAAGUGCCGGAUUGCAGGUCUGAAAUCGAGCUGUUUGUGAACAGGUUGGAUUCUGUGGAGUCGGUUCUGCCUUACGAAUACACAGCGUUUGAUUUCUGCUCUAUAGAGUCAGAGAAGCGCCCCUCUGAAAAUUUGGGUCAGGUUCUGUUUGGUGAACGAAUUGAACCGUCCCCAUACAAGUUUGAGUUCAAAAAGAAGGAGGAGUGCAAGCACGUGUGCACAAAGACGUACGACGCAGCGAACAACGACGACAAGGUCCAGCUGGGCUUCCUGAAGAAAGGAAUGCUGCUCAACUACCAGCAUCACUGGAUUGUGGAUAACAUGCCUGUGACCUGGUGCUACGAUGUGGAGGACGGACAGAAGUUCUGCAAUCCUGGCUUUCCUAUUGGAUGCUACGUGACGGAGGCGGGUCGGCCACAGGAUGCCUGCGUUGUCAAUGCUGAGUUCAAUGACAAAGACACCUUCUACAUCUUCAACCACGUGGACAUCACCAUCUACUACCACAAUGUGGAGAACGAAGCCGCAGGUGCCAGGCUGGUCGCCGCCAAGAUGGAGCCCAAAAGCUACAAAGCUACUAAGGCUGAUGCCCCAGACUGCUCCGGACCCCCCAUGGACCUGAGCAACAAGUUCAGCGGAAAGCUCCAAGUUCCCUACACCUACUCCGUGCAGUUCAUUGAGGAUCAGCACAUCCGCUGGGCCUCACGCUGGGACUACAUCCUGGAGUCUAUGCCCCACACCAACAUUCAGUGGUUCAGCAUAAUGAACUCGCUGGUGAUCGUCCUCUUCCUCUCCGGCAUGGUGGCCAUGAUCAUGCUGCGGACCCUGCACAAGGACAUCGCCCGCUACAACCAGAUGGACUCCGUGGAGGACGCCCAGGAGGAGUUCGGCUGGAAGCUGGUGCACGGCGACGUCUUCCGGCCCCCGCGCAAGGGCAUGCUGCUCUCCGUCUUCCUGGGCUCCGGCACGCAGAUCUUCAUCAUGACCUUCGUCACCCUCUUCUUCGCCUGCCUGGGCUUCCUCUCUCCGGCGAAUCGCGGGGCCCUGAUGACGUGUGCGGUGGUGCUGUGGGUGCUGCUGGGUACUCCGGCGGGCUACGUGGCUGCCAGACUCUACAAGUCCUUCGGUGGUGAAAAAUGGAAAACAAAUGUUCUGCUGACAGCUUUCUUGUGCCCAGGCAUCGUGUUCGCGGACUUCUUCGUGAUGAACCUGAUCCUGUGGGGCGAGGGCUCCUCGGCGGCCAUGCCCUUCGGCACGCUGGUGGCCAUCCUGGCGCUCUGGUUCUGCAUCUCCGUGCCGCUCACCUUCAUCGGGGCGUACUUCGGCUUCAAGAAGAGCGGGAUCGAGCACCCGGUGCGCACCAACCAGAUCCCCCGGCAGAUUCCGGAACAGUCCUUCUACACCCGGCCCCUCCCCGGCAUCGUCAUGGGCGGCAUCCUGCCGUUCGGCUGCAUCUUCAUCCAGCUCUUCUUCAUCCUCAACAGCAUCUGGUCACACCAGAUGUACUACAUGUUCGGAUUUCUCUUCCUGGUCUUCAUCAUCCUGGUGAUCACGUGCUCUGAGGCCACCGUCCUCCUGUGCUACUUCCACCUGUGUGCAGAGGACUACCACUGGCAGUGGCGCUCCUUCCUGACCAGCGGCUUCACCGCCGUGUACUUCCUGGUGUACGCGGUGCACUACUUCUUCUCCAAGCUGCAGAUCACCGGGCUGGCCAGCACCAUCCUCUACUUCGGCUACACCACCAUCAUGGCUCUCAUCUUCUUCCUCUUCACUGGAACGAUCGGCUUCUUCGCCUGCUUCUGGUUUGUGACUAAGAUCUACAGCGUGGUCAAAGUGGACUGAUGGAGCUCCCAACAGCGAACAGACCAUCCGCCGUACGGGCAUCUGAACGUGCAGAAGUGUGUGCUUCUCUGGAUCCCCUGGCCUGGCUGUGGUUCCGUAGCGAACACAAUCGGCUCCAGACUGAGAGUCCCUGACAUUUCCAAAUGCAACACAAAUUCGCUCUUUAUUAUCAUGCAAGGAGUGCGAAGCUACUGUCCAAAUUCCGCGAUUUGCGUAUGAAAUGCCGCAUCAUCCAGCACUACCAAUCAGGAAUGCGUUGAGCUCGGACUUUGUAAAUAUUACAUGCAUUCUGCUAAUGUGAAGUUUGAUUAAGCCUGCAAGUCUAUUGGCAUCGAUCGAUAACAUUUCAGCACCAUCUAACCUUUGCGGUGAGUCUGGUGACAUAAAUAUUAUUGUACAUAUCUUUUCUAACGCUGAGAAAGAUGUGAAAUGUAUGUUAUUAGAAUUCAGCCCGUUUGUGGAAAGACUGCGGCUUUUAACAUUUUAUUUUCGUCCCCGUAUUUCACAUGCAAGACACAGAGGUCCGCUUGGUUCCUUAUUUUACAUUCGUUUUAUUGGUGUACGAAUUCAUUGGAAUCUGCAUCCUUUUUUAACUUAUGUUUUUGCUGCUUCCGUUAAUGCGUGUGUUUCUUCCCUCUGCAGUUCUUUGUGCCUUGUGCGUUCGUUGAUUUGUACAUUUACAGUUAUAAAUGUUGUACAGAUAGUUCAAUCUCGCUGCAGUCCUCCUGAUUUUUUUAUUCAGAUUCUUGCCGAAAGGUCAUAGAAAUUAUGUUGGAAUUUCUGUGUACAUGAUCUCAUUAAACACAUUAGGUUGAGAUGAAUAGUUUGACUUUUUGGUGUCGCUUAUUCAGUUGUAAAUAAUAGAGCGGAUCGAAUAAACAUCAGAAUGUUCAUUAUUGGAAAUCUGUACCUGUCGAGUGGAGUGGAGCUAUCUUUAGAAGAUACGUGUGGGAUAAAUUCCAAAAAUGGAAGCUCAC